AUGGCGUCUAUUUCGAAGUUACCCGUCGCGAGAUGGACCCGUAUUGCCGCGAGCGUACGUCUCUAUCGCUCAUCUCAGGCUGUUUCUGUAAUCCACCAGAAGGCGUAUAUCUUCGGUGGUGAGCUCCUCCCCAGGGAGCCCGUCGACAACAGAAUCGAUAUUGUAGAGCUUGCCGAGGGAAAGGGAUUCGGUGUUCAGACUCUCCCGGAACCAAGCGAAGGUCCUACCCCUCGAGUUGGGACCCCGAGCACGACUAUCGGCCAAGGGAUAUACUUGUUCUCAGGUCGUGGCGGCAUUGAAAUGAAGCCUAUAGAGGAAAACGGCAGCGUCUGGCGCUACGAUGUCUCCACUGCCGCGUGGGAGCUGAUCACGCCGGCGGACCCCUCUGCACCCUUCCCGGCUGGGCGGAGUUACCAUUGCAUUUCCUCCAAUGGAUCGGAUACCGUCUACAUCCACUCCGGCUGCCCAGAGCAGGGUCGGCUUAGUGACCUAUGGGCUUUUGACAUCUCCAACAGAACUUGGAGAGAACUGCCGUCAGCCCCAGCACCACCGAGGGGCGGCGCUUCGAUCGCCUUUGCGAACGAAAAGCUCUACCGUAUCAAUGGGUUCGAUGGGAAAACCGAACAAGGUGGCUCCAUAGAUGUCUUUGACGUGGCUGCAAGUGCCUGGAGUAGCAUCAACUACAAGCCAGAUGGUACCGACGGCCCGGAGCCUAGAAGCGUCUCAAUCCUGGUACCUGUCGUCGUACAAGGCCGUGUGUACCUGGUCACCAUGUUCGGUGAACGAGAUCCCAGUUCGCUCGGACAUGCCGGUGCGGGCAAGAUGCUAUCUGAUGCGUGGGCCUUCGAUAUUGAAAAGGCAGUGUGGCAGAAGCUUGAGAUGGGGAAGGAUGGUCCUGUUGCACGGGGAUGGUUUGAUGCCGAUGUGGCAAAGGAUGAAGAGGGCAGUGAUACAAUCGUUAUUCAUGGCGGCCUCGGCGAGGACAACAAGAGACUUGGAGAUGUUUGGACGUUGUCAUUUUCUGGGAAUUAA